AUGAAGGAAUCCGAAGUCAAGGUGGGCGCCACUGCCACAGACCCUCCUCCUUCCCUCGAGAAUGGCGUUGUUGACGAGAACACCACACGCCUCGGUCAUGGUGAGGUCGAUGUUAUCAAGAUCCAGGAGGGCAAUGCGGUACUGCGCAAACUCCGUGAAGCGGAGCUCUGGCUCGAUCGCAAGCUCAAGAUCGAGGGUAUGGGUGCUGAACGCAUUCCCGACAGCGAGCGACACCCUCCUCAUGUGCUGAAUAUGGUCAUCUUUUGGUUCUCCUUGCUCAUGUCGCCUGGCUACAUCACUCUUGGAAUGCUGGGGCCAACCUUUGGAUUGUCGGUUAAUAAGUCCAUUGGACUGACCGUUAUUGGAGCCGCCACAGGCUCCAUUGUGCCUGCAUUUACGGCUACUCUGUGCCCGGCUUUGGGACUGCGACAGAUCGCCGCCUCCCGCUUUGCAUUCGGUAUCUUGGGAUCGAAGCUCUGUGGCCUUCUCAACAUUGCAGUGAACGUCGGGUUCGGCACCAUCAACUGCAUUGUCGCGGGACAACUAUUGGCAGCUGUCAGUGAUAACUCCAUCACUGAUGUCGCCGGUAUCAUCAUCGUGGUAGCCGUCUCGUAUGCUGUCUCAUUCUUUGGCUUCCGAAUCAUUCACUGGUACGAGUCGGUCGCCUGGAUUCUGAUCUUCGUUCUCCUUCUCUGCGAUUACGGCUUGUCCGCUCGGUACUAUGACCCACAUCCAGGACGAUCACAGCUCUCGGGGCUCGACGAGACCGGAUCAGCCCUGUCGUACUUUGCCAUUAUCUUUGGUGGAGCAGCGGCGUGGUGCUCGAUGUCUGGCGAUUACUACAUACACUACCCGACUGACACCAAUAAGUGGAUGCUGUUCUCUUUGACGUGGACUGGGCUGGCUGUGCCUACGAUCUUCGUGACUGUCCUUGGCAACCUGCUAGGCGGAAUUAUCACCAGUCAUGAAGAUAUGGGAAAUGUGUAUGAUACUGGUGGCUUUGGUGCGUUGAUCGUUGCGACUCUACGGCCUUCGGGGUUUGCAAAAUUCGUCGGGGUUAUGUACACGUUAUCAUUCAUUGGAAACGAAGUCGCAAUACUGUACUCCUCCUCGUUGUCGAUCCAGCUCUGGGGCCGACAUUUCCUCGCUGUUCCCCGUAUCAUCUGGAACACGCUCCUUGCCGCAAUCAGUCUUGGGUUGGCGUGGGGUGGCCGACACGUUCUUCAUUCGAUCAUCAGCAACUCACUCAGCCUUAUUGGAUACUGGACCAUCUGCUUCGGCGUUAUCCUCGCCAUUGAGGUCUUCUACUUCCGUCCAAAGAUUGGUUACGACGUCGAGGGUUGGCAAGACAAAGAUCGGAUGCCCGUAGGCCUGGCAGGAAUUUCUACACUCCUGGCUGGCAUAGGCAUUGCUUUCGUCGGCAUGGCUCAAACUUGGUACAUUGGUCCUGCAGCCAAACCAAUCGGCGCAUAUGGUGGAGAUGUGGGCAACUACUUUGUGCUCGUGAUUGUGACCAUGCUCUACCCAGUCCUCCGAUCAUUGGAGCUGAAGAAAUUCGGACGUUGA